ACUGCGCUCUACAAACACAUUGCCAUGCCUCCGAAACGACGCGCACCUCCUUCACGGCAAGCCGCGCCCAAGCGCCCCUCCAAGCUCGCAAAAGAGCACGGCUUAACCGCAGACCAAGAAGCCGAGAUACGAGAGGCAUUUGGGCUGUUCGCGGUGCAGCACCCAGACCAUGAAGAUUCCAAAGAGGGUGUACUUAGAAGAGACGACGUGCGCCGGUGCUUAAUCUCUCUGAACCUGACACCCGAGAAAUCCGAGCUCCCCGAGAUUCUGUCUACUAUUGAUCCUCUAGAAACUGGCUUUGUGCCGUUCGAACCGUUCUUUGCCUACGCCGCUAUCGCCAUCCACUCCAAGGACGACUCUGAAGGGGAAGACGACGACAAUGAGGACGAAGAGGAUAACUACCAUGGGGAAAAUGACCAAGUACAAGUCAAUGCCGCAUUCAAGCUUUUUACCCACGGCGGACCGGGACCCAUAACACUUGCGCACCUGCGACGCGUGGCGAAAGAACUGAAAGAAGAUGUGCCGGACGACGUGCUGAAGGACAUGAUCCGCGAAGCAAACGGCGGAGCAAAAGGCAAGGGAAGGGACACUGGUGGGGUAGAGGUCGAGGAGUUCGAGAGCGUGAUGAGGAGAGCGGGCGUGUCAUUUGGUUGAGUUAGGAAACGAUGAUGGAGAACGCGAUUUUGAUACCCCUGGUUAUGGACGAAUACAUUCUGUACGUUGAAUUCAC